ACCCUUGUGAAGAGAAGAUCAUGUUCUGUUCUGCAUGACAGGAGGUGUUUUACUGCUGUCAUCUGAUUUGUGUGCCAUUCAUCCCCAGAGUCAGUGGAGAAGUGGCUGCACCGUGCACGGUUUAACACGGUUUCUCUGUUGUUAACACUUCAGGACCAGGAUAUUUAGGGUCAUAUAUCAUGCUGGCAGAAGGAAGCCCCCCUGAGGGUGUAAUGUGAAGCCGCUGUUGUUGUAUCGUGGCAGGAGUCAGUCACUGCAGUCCUCGGGUUUCAGACAAGGACAGCGUGUUUUGACGCGCAAGGACAGCGUGGUGUUUUCAUCUCGACGUAAAAUGUCGCAAUGCUUGAGGAUAAGAAUAUGAAUGGCUAUCUUGGAAGUACGAGUUUCAUGAUUGCGCAAGCUUCCUGGUUCGCGUGCAAAACAGCUGUUUGACGCCGUCUGCUGAGCGCGAGCUCGGACGCGACGCAAGGGGUUUGUUUCCCCUGCAGCUCCUUUUUUGGACGCGUCUUCCGGCCGAUGUUUCUCCGUGGCUGACCGUGCGUGGACAGCAUCAUGUGGCGGGCGCGGUGCCAGGACAGCGGGGUCGAUCCCGAGCGCGAGCGGCUCUGGGCCGAGCUCUUCGCGCAGCUGGAUCUGAACAAGGACGGACGGAUCGAUGUGAACGAGCUGCGCGUCGGACUCGCCGCGCGGGGGAUGUCGUGGAGCUCGGUGGAGGAGCAGAUUGUCCGAGCUGGAGAUGUUAAUAAAGACGGUCAGCUGGAUUUUGAAGAGUUCACCGAGUAUCUGCGUUCACAUGAGAAACGCCUCAGACUCAUGUUUCGCAGCUUGGACCGAAACAAUGAUGGUGAACUGGACGUGGGGGAGAUCCAGCAGUCGUUACACAAUCUCGGCGUGGACGUCACGCUGGAGCAGGCCGCCAAAAUCCUGCAAAGUAUGGAUAAAGACCAAUCCAUGACCAUCGACUGGUUCGAGUGGCGAGAUCACUUCCUGUUCAACCCUCUGCUCAACAUGGAGGAAAUCGCUCAGUACUGGAAACACUCGGUGAUGUUGGACAUCGGGGAGCAUCUGACGGUCCCAGACGAGUUCUCGGAGAAGGAGAAGCAGUCAGGGUUCGUGUGGAGGCAGCUGAUGGCAGGAGCCGUGGCCGGAUCGGUGUCCAGGACAGGAACCGCGCCGCUCGACAGACUCAAGGUCUUUCUGCAGGUGCACGGCCAGAGCUCUGAUAAAGGGACUGUGUGGCGUGGUCUGCGUGCGAUGGUGAAGGAGGGCGGCCUCGCUGCGCUGUGGAGAGGGAACGGCAUCAAUGUCCUGAAGAUCGCACCAGAGACAGCCAUCAAAUUCAUGGCCUACGAGCAGAUUAAACGCUUGAUGAGAGGCAGUAAAGAGGGAGGAACUCUGAAAGUUCAGGAGAGAUUCGUCGCUGGAUCACUGGCUGGAGCUACAGCUCAAACUGUCAUAUACCCGAUGGAGGUGCUGAAGACCCGUCUCACUCUUCGUAAAACAGGACAGUAUUCAAGUGUGGCAGACUGUGCCAAGCAGAUCCUGCAGAAGGAGGGCGUUCUGGCCUUUUAUAAAGGAUACCUGCCCAACAUGCUGGGCAUCAUCCCGUACGCUGGCAUAGACCUCGCCGUCUACGAGACGCUGAAGAACGCCUGGCUGCAGCGGUACUCGGAGGGCUCGCCCGACCCGGGCGUCCUGGUGCUGGUGGGCUGCGGGACCGCGUCCAGCACCUGCGGACAGCUGGCGUCCUACCCGCUAGCUCUCAUCCGAACACGCAUGCAGGCGCAGGCGUCAGUGAAGGGAGCUCCUCAGUUGUCCAUGCUGACCCUCUUCAGGAGUAUCGUGGCACAGGACGGAGUGGUGGGUCUCUAUCGAGGCAUCGCUCCCAACUUCCUCAAGGUCAUCCCGGCGGUCAGCAUCUCAUACGUCGUCUACGAGCACAUGAGGGCCCUGAUAUUCAGAUAUACAGGGUACGGCCCUCUGGAUGCGGUAAAAUGAACGUAUGUGUGAGCAUGUGCUUUACUGUGUGUGUGUGUGUGUGUGUGUGUUUAACCCAGUGCACACUACUGAACUCCAAAUGGGAAUGGACAAUAAACUAACUUCCUCGCUUUGAAUUUACAGUACAAUUGAAAGUGCCUCUGCUUGGAGAAGCAUGUAUGUUUUAUCUGUGCUCCAAUAAUACGCUUCCUCUACUGUACUGAAUCCCUGUGUGCUCCGAAAUCACCAUGACAACUAGUCAAGAGUUCUAGAAUCCUCAGCUGAAGAUUCCGUAGCUCAGAUUGAAUAGUUCACCCAAACAAAAUUAACAUUAGCUGGAAAUGUGAUCACAUUCAGCCCAUCUAAGAUGUAAAUGGGUUUGUUUUUUCAUGGGAACAGAUUUGGAGAAAUGUAGCAUUACAUCACUUGCUCAGCAAUGAUUGCUCUGCGGUGAAUGGGUGCCGUCAGAAUGGGAGUCGAAACAGCUGAUAAACACAUCACAGUAACCCACAAGUAAUCCACAGCACUCCAGUCCAUCAGUUAACGUCUUGUGAAGAGAAAAGCUGCGUGUUUGUAGGAAACAAAUCCAUCUUCAAAGAUUUUUUAAACUCAUCUCAAAAAAAAAAGUCAUCUCAUCUGGUUCAGGAGAUACAUAUGCACAGAUUUAGCAGGAUUUAUAGGUGAAAACAGUCCAGUUCUAAUAAACACACAGCUUGGACUAUUGGAGCUUGGAUUAUUGUGAUGUGUUUAUCAGCUGUUUGGACUCUCAUUCUGACGGCACCCAUUCACUGCAGAGGAUCCACUGGAUUUACAAAUAACAAUUUACAUCUUUGAUGGCCUAAAGGUGAGUACACUUUUAGGAAAUUUUCAUUUUUGGGUGUUCAUUUUCUAUUCCUUUAACUGAUUCUAAAAUCCUGAACUGCGUCCCAAUUUGUACAUUAUCUACCCUUAAAUGGCAUUAAGUCUCACUCAUGAAACAUUUUCGUUUUAUAAAUUUUUUAAGAUGGACAAUAAUUGUGCCAAAGGCAUUUUUUUUAGUGGAAUUGCAUCCAUGCAUGUUUUUUUUAAUUUAUUUCAACUAAUAUUGUCCCCCAUUAGUAUAACAUUUUUGAUGGUUUUCUUUUGACUGUUUCAGGUAAAGAAAAGUAUCGAGGAAUGCAAGGCAGAAGUUGCCACAGCAGUUUUAAAGUGUACUGGAUAUGAUUUUAACAUUAGUUAUUUUAAGGUUAGGAAUGUAGCUAGAUACUAACGUUAUAAAGCAAACAGUAGAUGGGUGGCAUACUAUCUUACUACAAACUCAGAAGUACUUUUACUUUCUACUUUGUACAUUCAGUGUGUAGUGUAGGCAUCUGAAUUGGGACGCAGCCUUGGAGUUCAGUUUAUAUAUCUGUUAUCCUCAAUGCAUGAGAGACUGCAGGCUACGGUUUGGAGCAGAAAGCCUUAUGGGUGUUUGUUUUUGUGAUUUUUGACUCAUAGAACAAUAAGACUAAGCAAAAAAUGGACUUUCUGAUAGUGUUACUUCUACUGUAGGUCAACGCUCUGUGUUUUAUCAUUGACUGAGUUAAUAUGUUCAGAUAAUAUAUUCAGAUUUGUAUGUGUUACAAUAAAAAAAUAUUCCGUACAGAAUCUGCAACCACACGUUUCUUUAGGAUUCAAGCAUUAUUUGUUCACAAAAUUCUAUCCAAGUUCAAGUCUCAAAAUUAGAUUUUUUUUUUUUGCACUAAUAUGCUACUGCAGAACUAAAUGUUCACAACACAAACUUGUAGUAAAUAUAUAUGUAUUUAAAUGCUCUAUUCUUUAUCUUCUGGGAAAACGGACCAAAAAUAAUUAUGACGUCAACAUGCACCCACAGAUUCUAUUCAAUCAAUUGCUCUCAAGAACAACAAUGUUCCUCCCACGUAUUCAGCUGUGACAGACACUGGCUAUUUCAAUAAUAGUUAUUUACUGAACUAAUUAUGCUAUCUGCUUCCAAUAAAAGCUAUAUUUGCCAUGUUUACAUCCAUUCUGCAAAAUAUACCCACAAUUAGUGGGAAGUGUGAAAAAAUAUUUCGUUUGGUUUUGUAUGCAUACAUUAUUAUUGUUGUUAUUUUGAUGUUAACGAAAAAUCAUGUAUUGUCAUUAUAUAUUUUUGCUGUCCUUCCGUGUGUUUUUAUUUGAAAAGAAACUAAAGCAAAUUACUGAAUGCAUGUACGAGAAUGUAUGUAAAUUAAAUACAAUUAAACAGUU